AAUCUGGCCAUCUACAUCGCAAGUCGCUGGUAUCCUGUUCAAGUGCGAAAUCAUUGAUUUCAGAAACAUUGCUCGCUACUCAAAACCGGUGUCAUUCGCCAGAAUGGAAUCACUGGCGGAGAUGAGUUACUCGGAGCAGCUCAGAGAUGACAUCGCUAGGAUCGACGCUAGAACGGUCGAUGACGAGCCUGCUCUCACAGCACUCAGACGUCGUUUGAAUCAGGAACAACCUGUCUUCAAACGUCUUCCCAUCGAACUGAUCCAGCAGACAACCUUAUGGUAUGCUCUGAUGAUGGGCCUUGGACACAUUCCCGACUCGUCAUAUCCUUCGCCGUAUGAGUGGUUGUAUAUCACCCACGUAUGUCAUUAUUGGCGUGAGAUCGCUCUAGGAAUGCACGAACUUUGGAAGUACAUCGUUCCAAUUAGAUUGGCAUGCGUCACAGAAAUGCUUGCUCGAUCCAGGCCGGGGCUUAUUUCUGUUCUCCCCUGUUAUGGAGAACUGCUGGGUGAUACUAGCACAGAUGAAGAUAUGGAGGGCGCAUACGAGGAGAUAUUCUCGAAUUUACACCGUGUGCAGUACUUCUCGAUCAGGUCGUGGCGACCUACCGCUAUUCGGACACUUGUCAAGAUGGACGACAUAUCGACGCUAUCACUUCGCCACGUACCCUUUCACGAGAUAGAAAAUUAUUAUGAUCAUUUCUCCGCAAAAGUAUUGGAAGUUCUCGCUGAAGACGGCUUACCUAUGCUUGAAUAUUUCAAGUGUGAGAUAUUCAAAGGCUCGUUCAACAUUAUUUCCCCCCUGUUCCGCACCAGUCUUCAUCAUCUAUGCCUUCCGUCUGUUGUCACACGCGAUUCGCCAUCGGACCUGCUACACAUACUGGGCACACUUUCUGGACUGCGUUCGCUUGAACUUGGUGUUCUUUUUUAUGCGCAGGCGGAGGAUACAGUGGACUCCACUUUGAACGCGCACCCCAUCGUGUUUCCCCACCUUCAAUUACUGAAAUUGAACAUUUAUGGGGACAGUGUUGCUCCCACAGUACUGCUGAAUGAAUUGGAAGUACGGGGUGUAGCGCAAGUUAUAAUUGAAGCGUGCCAGUGGGACUACACCGAUUACGGCCCAAUCCUUCCAGCCAUUACAACCAGACUACAGUGUCUGAAACCUUCUACAUUUCGGUCCCUUCAGGAAGUUGUCUUAGUACGCCUUCAACCCUUCUCCUUCAUCCUCACUACUCCAUCUUCCCCCCUCAAAAAAUGUGAAUGACGUCCUCGUCAUUGUGCUUGCGUCCAAUUUGAAAGAUGGUGCGGCUAGAAGUGGAUGAUCGAGGAGUGGACCAUGAGCAUUGGUGAUAGGCCUCGAGUUGCUCCUGUGUGAAUGUGACCAGGAUUCGGACCGGAAGGUCGGGGACGGUGGGUCGCUGGAAGCGCGGAAGCAUGAUCCCCAGGAUAAAACGGGCAACGGUGAGUGUGUUCAGCCGGGCCCACCUUCAUCGAACUUGCAGAAAUAUCACCCCCUUCUGUAGCCCACAGUCCACACAGAACUCAAUCCAAUCCCUCUCCAGUGCCCUGAUAUCUGCCACUCUCCCUAAGAUAUCCCGAUCAAUUCCAGUUGGGGUGGUCAAGGAUAUGAACAGUGCAGACUGGAUGAACAAAGGUUGGCAGCGACAGUGAUGAAGGCCUGCUUGGUGGAGAGCUGGGCUUGUCGAGUGAGAAUGUGCUGCACAGGCAUGGUGGGAUGAUGGUCGCAGUCGACACUGUGAGGUGGAACCAUGCACAGUGGCAAGCUUUUGAAGGCGAGCCAUUGGCCAUUACGCGGGUGGAAGUGAACAAGUGAGAGUGGAAAGAACAGAUCUUCUUUGGAGGAAUGGUGAAAUUAAGCAAAUUGUGGCUUGUAUAAAAUUAGGUAUAUCUGUAAGAAUGUCUCUAGGUGAAAAUUAGGAAAUUAGUGCAUAGUGCUGUUAGGUAACCGAAUUAGUUGAACUGCUCUUAAGG